AUGGGUAUAGAUCAUUUAAUAACGAUAUUUACAUAUACAUGCAUCGCACACUCAUUUAUUACAAGCAUUAAGUUUUGUAACUCUUUUAAGUGCAACCCUCAUGAGUGUAAUUACAUUAACCUAAAUGAUCAGUAUCGGCCAAAUAAUUACAGCAGAUUUAUUGCGCGGGCUAAAUUCAGCCAGGAACAAUCUGAACGGAUUAAAAAAUUCGAUGAAGCUUUCUUGCGUUCAAAAACAGCUCUUUCAUACGGCGAUUCCAAAACCGUAUUCGAAUCCUUCAUAUCGCAACUUGAUCAAGUAACUAAAGAGGAUUUGAAGCUUAUUCCAUAUAAGCUGACAAACAUGGCAUCGUAUUUGUUUAUGGAGAUAGAUAAGCUUGGAGAUUGCGAUCUGCUAGAAUAUCUGGCGAAUAAGAUCACUAGUGUAGGCAUAGAAAUGACUGAAAUUGGGUUUAUUUCUUUGACAGGAUCAUAUUUAAGAGUAGGCAAUCUAGAUAAGACUAUUGAAUGGCUUAACAAAUUAAGAGAUAGUGGCAUAGUGCCUAAGCAUAGAACUUACAUAAGAUUGUUUAGAGAAUUGGCAAAUAAUGAACAAAUCAACAAUCAGGCAUUAAUGCAGAGAUUAUUUGAGGAUAUGGAAAUAUUUAAAGUACCUGUAUCCCCUGAGAUUUCUGCUUUUGCUAUUCUAACCCUGGUUAAACGCUGGGCAUCUCAAAUGAACAUCACGUGCACUGAUAGUGAAACUGAUAAAAUAGUGGAUAAUGCCUUUAUUGAAUUGGAAAAUGGCAUCAAAUAUGUCUUGGAAAGAUGGCAGAGGCUAAAAUUUUCAGAUAAAAUGCUAAAUCUUGAUACCGCAAUUUGGCUUGAUAACAUAUUUAAACUACUCAAACCACCUAACUCAGACGAGCUUAUAUCACGAAUAUCCAGUGUAGAAUCAGAUAAUGACUGUGGAAGAUGUUCAACUUGCCCAAUUGUUAUUGGAUGUGAUAUAAUUGAACCAGAGUCUAGAUUUAGUAUUUUUACCAAAUGGUUGCAAGACACUUAUAGAUACAAUCGAACCGAAAUACCUUCCCUUUCCAUCUUCUAUACCAGACUAUACCGUGCCCAUGUCAUGAAAAAACCUUACACUUACAUCCUGGACGGGGCAAACAUAGGGUUACACUUGAGAGGUAAAAAACUCCCAUUCAGCAGCUUCCAAGUGGAAGUUGUGAGAGGUUUGUUGGAAAAGAGAGGUCAAAGAUCUCUAAUAAUCUUACCUAAAGCCAUGGGUUUCCCUCUUGUAUACCUAAACUCUAAGCGUUAUGAACAAUUGGAGAUUGAUAAUCCAAUAUUAUCUAGGCUCACGCAUCAUUCAAUUAUAUUAAAUAAUAAACUGAUGAAUAAAGUAAGAAGAUACGCCCAUGAACCGAUUUUAUGGAAUAUUUAUAAGGAAUGGUGCAAUAUGGAUGUGAUUCAUGUCUGCGAAGACGAUUGUUAUGACGAUAAUUACAUGUUUCUCGCCAGUAUUGCAACGCUUAGUACAGCAGAGGCAUUAUUUGUGGAAAAAGUACUAUCUGAUGCUUUAAAUAUCAAACCCAUGGAUACUAAAGGUUUAAAUGAGUCCAUUAAUGAUGGAUCUAAUCCGGCUUUUGUAGUCACCCAAGAUACGAUAAGAGAAUUUUGCAUUUCAGGUGUGUCACAAUCUCACUUGAUGCGGUGGAAAGAGCAUUCACUAAUUCCAUAUCAAAUGUCGCAAUGUUUGAAUCCUAAUGCCACAAUUGUCAAUCAAAACAUAUCGGGUAAGGAAUUGUUGAAUGCUGUCCAACAAUCGUAUGAUGAAGCGCAGAUUAGUAAUGAAAAUAUCGCUUCAUCUUAUUGGCCCACAAAACCCAAAGUAUUUUUAGGCCACUCCCCAAAAUACUCCCUUCGCAUAACCAACGAUGGCAACUUGUGGCACUUUCCAAUAUCUCUGGAACGUCUUUAUUUCAACUGCAAUUCUAGAUAUAAAACUAGGAUGCAAUUUGUUACAGAUAUGGCAUUUAUGCCCUUUUACCUGACUACUUCAAUGCCCGAGCUUUAUCUUCAAAAAGCGAGUCAGAAACAAUCCACCGAUUGGUUAUGUUUGAACUUGGAACUACUGAAUAAUUAUCGCAAUCAAUACAAGAAGUUACUCAAAGAAAAUCCAAGUGCAAUAGUAUCGCAUCUAGAGGAAUUAGAAAUGCCCGAAAGGACACGAACACAACCAUUCCCGGGAAAACGGUGGAUUGUGGCCUCUAAAAAGGGACUAGUUUUGAAGGAUGUGAAGACAGAUCGGAUUAUUGAUGACUAUUGA